UUUACCGGCGUCGACUCUGGCUGCUCAUGUGUAGCUGUAAUUUUUUUCGCUAGAGAGGUAGUUUUAUAUCGUAACGUUUAGGUAGCUACAUCUAGCUGAAAUAAAUUAAGUUAGCUAUUCGUCUUAAAAUGUUGUGUUUGAGUAGUUUGUCGGUCGCCCUCGCAGCGCUGGCUUUGGUACCGAGCAUUAGCGACGCUUUGAAAGAUGGGGAGUGUGAAGGUGGGUUGGAUUGUCUGAUAUUUACAUCACUGUCGCUAUGGAUAUAGCUAGCUACUUAACUAGUCGUAGUUAAGUUUUAUGGCAACCUACAAUUCCAUGCAUUGACAAUGAUUCUUCGCCAAAUAGCCUAGAAGUUUGCUAGCUGCAAUUCAUUAAAUGGAAAUAUGUCUUUCAAUGCGCUCCUAAAUAUAUGUUUGUGUGCAGAGAAGUAUUGCAACUGGCUGUGUCUAGCUAGCUAGGUAACUAGUACCUGUCAAUUAAGAGUCAUACUUAAUUGCUCAUUAGGACCUUGCCAGAUACUGCCUGUGGUUUCUGUUUAUGAGGUAAUAUGCUCCUAUGUCAAGCUGUUGUUUCUCUGUUAGAUGGGAUAACUGAUACUUUACUCUGAAUUGGUCAGGUUUAUCUAGGGUGUUGGGCUAUAUAACGUAUGGAUAACCUACUGUAACAUAGGACAGACUGACCAUAGAAGUCUCAGAGUUGUAAAACCUUAUGUAUAUGGUAUUGCUGGAGUUACCUAUUUCUUGUAUACCAUCAGAUUAGCCAAAUGUUCUAUUAGAAAAGGAUAUAGAAAGGAAUGCAUUACAACAUUUACAUUUACAUUUUUUACAUUUUAGUCAUUUAGCAGACGCUCUUAUCCAGAGCGACUUACAGUUAGUGAAUACAUUUUUUUUUUUUUUUUUAUACUGGCCCCCCGUGGGAAUCGAACCCACAACCCUGGCGUUGCAAACGCCAUGCUCUAUCAACUGAGCUACAUCCCGGCCGGCCAUUCCCUCCCCUACCCUGGACGACGCUGGGCCAAUUGUGCGCCGCCCAUGAGUCUCCCGGUCGCGGCCGGCUGCGACAGAGCCUGGAUUCGAACCAGGAUCUCUAGUGACACAGUUAGCACUGCGAUGCAGUGCCUUAGACCACUGCGCCACUGCGCCACUCAGGAGUACAAGUCAUGCCAUCUCUGUACACUCCUAACGUCCUAAUGUAAUGAUAAUAAUAAUAUGCCAUUAGGCAGACACUUUAAUCCAAAGCGAUUUACAGUCAUGCGUGCAUACAUUUUUGUGUAUGGGUGGUCCCGGGGAUCGAACCCACUACCCUGGCGUUACAAGCGCCAUGCUCUACCAGCUGAGCUACAGAGGACCACCCGAUCAUUCCUUGUUUUUUGUGUUGUUUCCUCCCUUUCAGUGUGCGUGAGCUUCCUGGGAAGAUUCUACCAGUCAUUGCAAGACAACGACGUGAAAUUCACCAGCGCAGACAUCGAGAAGGCCCUCGUCAAAACCUGCAAAGACACCAAGGGCAAGGAAAAUCGCUUUGUAAGUGAUUUAGGCUAAUAUCUUUGUUUGUUUAGUUUUAAUGGAAGUCUAGUCGAUAAGUAGUUACAUUGUGUCCUAUCCAGAUUAUCCACUGGAUUUGUUGUUGAUUCAUUGAUGUUAUUUUCUUCCUUCUGUACCCUAGUGUUACUACAUUGGUGGAACAAAUGAUGCAGCCACCAAAAUUCUCAAUGAGAUCUCCAAGCCCCUGAGUUACCACACACCAGUAGACAAGAUCUGUGAGAAACUGAAGAAAAAGGACAGUCAGAUCUGUGAACUGAAAUACGGUAAGAAAACAAAAUGUAGACCCAUUUUUAUAUGACUUAGUAUGCAGUUAUUUGUAAGUUAAAUCAAUGCUACAGUACCGACCCACACUUAUGAUGUGUGUAACAUAAUGAUGUAGCAGAUAGAAUGUGUACUAUACAGAGUAUGUUAGCAUCCCUCAAUUCCACAUGUUUCUAUGACCGCUAAACCCUGCUUAAUAGUCCACAUUUCUCCUUCUUUUUUUUGUCCCUUAUUUGUUCCCAUAGUUUAGCCUCUUUCACGUGGGACUCAUCACAAUGCUUAUAAUAAAUGAUUUUCUUUACAACUGUCACAAUACCAUUAGAUAAUUGUUUGUGGAUCAUGCUUAGUCAAAAAAACAUUGUACAAUGUAGGCCUGUGGCUAUUUCCAACCCCCUCCUCCUGCGUAUUACAAGUUAUUUACAUACACAAACACAGGUGAGGACCUAUUUUAAAUGUCAUCACCGUACCUGACUGUUGGGGUUUGGCAGUCUUAUUAUUGCCUAAGUGUAAUUUGACCUCUCUUCCGGAAAGGUGAAGAGACUCUGCACACUGUAUUCUACGGUAUGCUCCCAUGUCAGUUAAUCACACAGCAUAGAAUGCAGAGUCUUGUUUAACCUUUUUUUAGUGAACAUAAUUUGAUAUCAGCACCUGCUAAGAGACAAUUAAUGUUUGUGUAUAUAAUAAUAAUAAUAUGCCAUUUAGCAGACGCUUUUAUCCAAAGUGACUUACAGUCAUGUGUAUAUAACAGGCGUCACUGUGCGUGCUUUCUUAACAGGAGCCUGUAGCCUCCUUCCUCCAUCUUGAAUCCUCUACCACACAGACACUUGACCACCCUCCUGAAAUCCCUCCUAUUCUUAGCCACUUACACCACCGAAAAGCAGUUCGGCAACGCGAGUGGAGACAUUUUCAGGCUGAGGAGUGAAGUUACGAAUCCAUACUCUUUUACAAGUAUGGAAUCAUUACCUUCUCUCUCUCUCUCUCCCCUCUGCAGACAAACAGGUGGACCUGAGCACGGUGGAUCUGAAGAAGCUGAAGGUGAAAGACUUGAAGAAGAUCCUGGAGGAGUGGGGAGAGUCGUGCAAAGGCUGUGCCGAGAAGUCCGACUUCAUCCGCAAGAUCAAUGAACUCAUGCCCAAGUACGCCCCCAACGAAGCCAAAGCACGGAGAGAACUGUAACCAGAGGGAGAGUGGGGUACAGACCUGGGAUUGUAUUCAGUGUCUCAAAGUAGAAGUGCUGAUGUAGGAUCAGUUUUGCCUUUUUUUUAGAUAAUAAUGAAUAAGACUGUAUCAAGCAUCUCAAGAGUAGAAGUGCUGAUCUAGGAUCAGCCCCCCCCCCCCGUCCAUGUAAUCUUACUUAUUCUUUGAUCUAAAUACCAAAUCUAAUCCUAGAUCAGCACUCCUAC